CCCCUUUCAAGACAAGACAAAUCAAAGGCUCAGAGGCAAAACAGCUCUCUAAGCGCUGAACGCCUCUUCCUCCCUCCCUCCUUCCUUCCUUCCCAUCCACUCACUCUCCCUCCCUUGCUCACAGUCCGGCCUCUGUCUAGGGAAGAGGCUCUCAAGCAGCCUUAGAUGAUUAUGGAUUUUCUGAGCGAGAAGUUUGCCCUGAAGAGCCAGCCGAGCAAGAACAGUGACUUUUAUAUGGGAGCAGGAGGCAGUUUGGAGCACGUUAUGGAAACUUUGGACAAUGAGUCCUUUUAUAGCAAAACGUCAGGCGGCAAAUGCGUACAGGCCUUCAACCCUCUGCAAAGAGCUGAGCAUCAUGUGAGGCUGGAGAGGACAUCGCCCUGCCAGGACACGAACGUGAACUACGGGAUUACUAAAGUGGAAGGACAGCCUCUUCACACAGAGCUGAGCAGGCCCAUGGACAAUUGCAACAAUCUCAGGAUGUCUCCAGUGAAAGGGCUGCAGGAGAAGGGGGACCUGGACGAACUUGGUGAUAAGUGUGACAGCAAUGUCUCCAGCAGUAAGAAGAGGAGACACAGAACAACUUUCACCAGUUUGCAGCUGGAGGAACUGGAGAAAGUGUUCCAGAAAACUCACUACCCCGAUGUCUAUGUGAGAGAACAGCUAGCUCUGAGAACAGAGCUCACUGAGGCCAGAGUCCAGGUUUGGUUCCAGAAUCGAAGAGCAAAAUGGAGAAAAAGAGAACGCUAUGGUCAGAUCCAGCAAGCCAAGAGCCACUUUGCUGCCACCUAUGACAUAUCUGUUCUUCCAAGGACUGACAGCUACCCUCAGAUUCAGAACAAUCUGUGGGCAGGGAAUGCGGCCAGUGGUUCUGUGGUUACCUCCUGCAUGCUGCCACGAGAUACGUCCUCCUGUAUGACACCUUACUCCCAUUCACCCCGGACAGAUUCUGGCUACACAGGCUUUUCAAACCACCAGAAUCAAUUUAGCCACAUGCCCCUCAAUAAUUUUUUCACUGACUCGUUGCUUUCUGGGGCAACCAAUGGACAUGCUUUUGAAACCAAGCCAGAGUUUGAAAGGAGGUCCUCCAGUAUUGCAGUUCUACGGAUGAAAGCCAAAGAGCAUGCUGCCAAUAUUUCUUGGGCCAUGUAAUAUAGCAGUACCCCCUCUCAAUUUUUUUUCAAAGCAAACUAAAACCAUUUUUAUUUCCCAUAUUUAAAGGGAACAACAAUAAGCUGCUGUGUGUGGAAUGCUAGAAAUCACAAUAUACACGAUGUCUGCUUUAAGAAAUGCAAUAUAAUAUUUAACAAUAAACCAAGAAUAAACCAAAUAGAUUUACCAUGCAUCAAGCUCAACAAGCCCUCUUUGUUUUGCUUUUUAUAUAUGUUUUGUUGUACCAGUUGAUGAAAUAUGAUUAUAGAACAUGAAAAAAAAAUAAAACUACUAAGCAAAUGUGUCUACUCCAUGGUUUUUAGCAGUCCUGUAUAAAAAA